UGUUGUUUUAGACCAAAGUGAUGUCCAGGGAAGCAGGGGAAGAUGGGAAAAAGGUGUUUGCUGAGACCACGUUGGACCCCCAGCAGAGUCAGUCCUGGGACCAGCUACGAUGUCUCUACAGAGGACCUUCCAGGUUGGCCAUCCUGUCGGAAAUCUCCCACUGCCAUGGCAACGAGAAGGCGGGCCUCCUAAACCCCUCCCAACCAGGAACAGGAAGUAUAUUCCACAGCGAGAACUUCCAGCUCAAACUCUCCCCACCGCCAUCGGUCGAAGAGUAGCUGGCCUACAGCCAUGUUCAGUAUGAUAACGUUGUGGAACUUUCAGAUAGAAAUAUUUUGUGUAGAACAGACACGAUGUCCUGGUCAGGUAGAAUAGGCUGUUCCUCUAUUUGUUAUAUUUCUGACUGAAGACACCCCUGUUGUUUCUGUUGUUGAUGAAACACUACGGCCUAUUAUACUCUUGUUGAUCAAAACUCCACUGUCUGGGCGGAUAUUUGAAAUGGUAUCGAUCAAAUGUUAUGUUUCUGUCUGCAAAAUGUCCAUAAAUAAACCAAUUUGUAACGUUUAA